ACCCAUGAAAAAAUGGGUUUGGGUGCGUUUUAAACCCUAGUCAGAGCUUAUUUACAAGAUUUUGAUUAAUGGGUAGAAGUGAAUUCAAAGUUUUGAAAGGCAAACGAGAUGGGUUCUCCGAUUUGGGGCUUCAAUGGAGUCUCCCUGAAGGUUCUUAUCACCCAGGAGGCUUGUUUGCUAGUGUUGGCCAAGUGGGUAAUAAUAUGGGUUUUGGCAUUUCCCCAAAUUCGCCUAAUUCUCGAGACAACAAUGGUGGAUUCAAGCUACCUUAUACAGAUUUAUAUGUCAAGUAUGUGUCUUCGCCGGAGGGUUUUCGGAUUGUGGGUGUUCCAGAGGGGACUGAAGAGGAAGGAUUGAGGAAGAAGAAGAGUGGGAUGAAGCUUAAAAUCAAGAUUGCUAAUCCCUCACUCAGAAGGUUGAUAAGCGGCGCGGUCGCCGGGGCGGUGUCAAGGACUGCUGUGGCUCCAUUGGAGACUAUCAGGACACAUUUGAUGGUUGGAAGUAGUGGGCAUUCUUCUACUGAAGUGUUCCACAAUAUUAUGAAGACUGAUGGGUGGAAAGGGUUGUUUAGGGGCAAUUUUGUGAAUGUGAUUAGAGUUGCACCAAGCAAAGCUAUAGAGGUAAAAAUAAAAAUGAUGUCUUUUGAUUCUUUCUUGCUUGAAUUGUUUCCAUUGUUGUGUCUUAAAUAUUAUUUGCCAAUUAGAUAUGUUCUCAAUUGACUGCUUUCUAAAGUA